CUUAAACUCGAUGACAUAACAUGCUGAAUAUUAUUUUGCAGCGUGCAAAUUUUGAGGCAUUGCCAAAAUCAGAACAGAUCUCGAACUUCUUCAGGAAACCCUGAAGCGCGUCUGGCUUAUCGUUUCUUGUCGCGCACUGGAAUUGUUGGAUCUUUCCACCAUGCCGGAGAUUGCUGAAGUCGCACGAGUAACACACUACCUACGCCAACACCUUGUUGGUAAGGUCGUCAAGAAAGUCACCGCACCAGAUGAUGCCAAUAUAUUUGGCAAAGUUGGCUGCAGUGGUCCUGCCUUUGAGAAAGCUGUCGCUGGCAAAACGGUCAUAGGCGCCGGAAGUCAGGGGAAGUACUUCUGGCUGCAGCUCGAUAAGGCUCCACAUCCUGUUAUGCACUUGGGUAUGACGGGCUGGGUGCACAUCCGUGGCGAGCAGACGGCCUACACACGGUAUGCCGAAAGGACCAAGGGCGAAAAGGAGCAAUGGCCACCCAAAUAUUGGAAAUUCCUGCUAGAGACAGACAGCGAUCCUAAAGUCGAGGUGGCUUUCGUAGAUUCCCGACGAUUUGCUCGCAUUCGCCUGGUAGACUGCCCAGGGGAGGACAUUCGCAAACACUCGCCCCUGAAGGAAAAUGGACCUGAUCCGGUGGUGGACAAGGACAUCUUUACCGAGGAAUAUCUCAGGCGAAAGAUGAAGAGCAGACAUGUGCCCAUCAAAGCGUUACUAUUGGACCAGGCCGUGAUAAGCGGCAUCGGCAACUGGGUUGGUGAUGAAAUCAUGUACCAGGCGAGACUGCAUCCGGAGCAGUACAGCGAUGAUUUCAGCGAUGAGGACAUCGCAAAGCUCUACAAGGCGACUCGAUAUGUCUGCGACAUAGCUGUGGAACUUCUUGGUGACUCUGAACAAUUUCCUCCCGAUUGGCUCUUCAACCACCGAUGGGGAAAGGGUAAGAAAGAUCAUUCGACCACCCUGCCGAAUGGCGAAAAGAUUGUGUUCAUCACAGUCGGUGGACGGACGAGCUGCGUCGCACCGAGUCGUCAAAAGAAGACUGGCAAAGCCACGAUCCCAGACACUAAAGAAGAGGUCGAAGUGAAAGGCGAGGAUCUUGAGAGCAAGUUCUUUGGAAGCAAGAACGAAGCCGAGGAAACCAAAUCAGCUCCCAGGCAAUCUAGUAUCAACAAACGAAAGGUGCUGAAGGAAGAGGACAACCAAGGGCAAGUUCUUGCGCCUGAACCGAAGAAAUCCAGGAAGAGCAAGCCUGUAAAGAAGGAACAGACUCCGGCUUUAGUCAUGGACGAAGGGUCUGACAAGAACAAGCUCAGUGCCAAAGCGGAAGACUCAGUUUCAGAAGUUGGGAGGAGAAGGUCGGGGAGGUUGAGUAGCAGAGCUGUCUGAAUUGGCGAUGUGAUGCACGGCGGAUGUGUAUUGAACCCUGGCAACUGGUACUGAUGAGUCUGCUAUGUACUAUAGAGAUAUUAAGGCAUAAAGACUAUAUCUUGCAUGGCAUUCAAAAUGGCAAAACGUCUGUUGACAAAUGACGCAUGAAUACACGUCUCAGACUUUUCACGACAGGGUAUUGCCCACCUCAGUCAAUUGCUAACCCUUAUAAAUCCGCAUUGUCCCAUAUCAUUAUGCAGUACGAUACUUGUUUUGGUCGAACUGAUUUUUCCUCAAGUUAUGCUUCUAUAUUGUUAUAAUUGUCAAAAGAAAAAAGAAAAAAGAAAAAAGAAAGAAAGAAGGAAAGUAAGAAGUGUAGAAAUCGUAUCACUC